AUGGUGCUGGCAGUAGUCAUUGUCUCAUUCGCAGUGGGAAAGAUACGUCCAUUUUUCUCACCUGAUUUGCUUUUAAAGUUGGCAGAUUGGCAGUGCCUCUGCGUCCGAUGGAGGUGGAACGGCAGCGGCGGAGCGGGCAGAAGCGGAGGAAGUUGGAGGAGGAGAGCAGCACCGCCGCCGCAACCAGCUCCCACGCGUCUCCGUCCUCUGCGGUGGAGGAAGAGGAGAUGGGAGUCGAAGAAAUGUGCUGCCAUCGCUCCCAGGAAGCGCUCGCCCGCGAGGUCCGGGCCCAAGUCGAUGUCCUGGAGCGAGCUUUCUCCUGGCGCCUCGCUGUUCGAGCCGCCGCAAGGCUCACGCCCUAGCCGAACUCGCCAAGAGCGCUGCACAGAGGAGGCUGUGAGCGUGAUCGUUGAAGGAGGGGCCGUGCCGGCGCUCGUGAAGCAUCUACAAGAGCCUCCGCCUCUGCUGGUAAGGGAUGGCAGUGCUAGCGGAGAAGAUCGGCCUUUGGAGCACGAGGUUGAGAAUGGGAGCGCGUUUGCUCUCGGUCUACUUGCAAUGAAGCCUGAACAUCAGCAACUCAUAAAUGAUGCUGGUGCUUUGCCUUUGCUUGUCAAUCUCUUAAAAAGGCAUAAGAAAGGUUACAAUUACUGGGCAGUUAAUGGUGUUAUUAGGCGAGCAGCUGAUGCAAUUACUAAUCUUGCUCGUGGAAAUAGCAAUAUCAAAACAUAUGUCAGGUUAUUGCACACAAAACUGGCUGUCAUUUUGGAUGUUUAUCCUAUAGAAUUUUCUGCUUAUAUUUGUCUUUCAUCUCUUUCAGGAUUGAAGGUGGGAUUCCUCCCCUUGUGCAACUGUUGGAAUCUAUUGACAUGGAGGUGCAGAGGGCUGCUGCAGAUUGUUGAAUGUAAAGCUCUUCCCACAUUGAUUCUCAUGCUUCAGUCAGUUGAUCCUUCCGUUCAUUAUGAAGCGGAAGCGACGGUGUGUGCGAAGUGUUAUGUUGUCCAUAAGCGCGGUGUAGGAGAGAAACAUGGAAAACUCGAUGCACUUUGGAGGAAGGUGGAAGAGCAAGCUCAUAUACAAUUGGUCUAA